CCCAUCACCUUUGCCAUAUUCUGUUGAUUAGAAGGAAGUCACAGGUUCCACCCACACACCCUCAAGGGGAUGGCUUUAUUGAAGCAUGUGGGUCGUUGGGGUCAUCUUAAGGUGUGUGUCACACCCCGUAUUUUACAAAUUCUGUUGAUCUCAAAAGAGCUUGAGGAAGAGAUGACUGAAGCCAUUACAGAAGCAGCAGUAGACUCAAGUGAGGAGGUGUCAGAGGAAAGAGACGACCUGGGGCCUCUUGAAUUACAUGACAGUGGUACCUUUCAACAAGUCGUGAACCUCCUGGACAUCAUUGACAGCGAGUCAGCAAAGACUGACACGACAGAGGCAGGCCUUGAUAUGUGGAAGACCCUGGCCUCGGUGAUAAUCACAGAGAAGGCCACCACUGAGCCUUCUGUGGUGAUAAACACUCUCAUCCACUGCCUGCAGGUGCCAAAGAUUUCCACCCAGUGCAAGGUCAACAUUUACAACAUCCUCCAGGACAUCAUCCAGCAGGAGGGGGAGCUGGAGGAGCAGUGCGUGCAGAGGCUGGUGGCCAUUGCCUCCAAGGAGAUGAGGGAGAUCCCAGAGAUGGAGGGCUAUAUGAAGGCAGAGGUGGCCAGCGACACACUGGUGGCUCUGUCUCGAAACCACUUCAGCUUGGUCAUGUACGAGCUGCAGCACCACCUCAAGCCCCUCAACCUCACUGAUGAAUUUGUCAUCAUCACACUGGCCAAGCUGGCCAACAGCAAUGUGUUUGAGUUCAUGCCAUACAUGGGCAUCACCCUGGCUACCAUAUUCACCAUGCUGAGACUUGCCAAUGAAGCCAAGAUACGCCAGGCGAUCUGCAGUGCCAUGGAGACCUUCUGUGAGACGGUGCAGUUUUAUCUGAAGCACCUGGAGGAGAGCGUGUAUCCCGUGAUGACCGAGGAGCAGUUUGCCCUGAAGGUGUUCCCCAUGUAUCGCUACUUCAUGACAGUGUGGCUGAGGCACCACAACCCUGAGGUGAAGCUGGGGGUGAUCAAGUCCCUGAAGCCCAUGCUCGGCCUCCUUCUGCCCAACGAUGACCUGCGGGAGCAGGUCUACGACUACAUCCCCCUGCUGCUGGCGGAGUACCAGGGCGGCCUGGAGGCGCUCUUCGUCACGCAGCCCUCCAGCCCACCCAGUUUUCCUCCUUCAGAGCCCAGGAUGAGUAUCAGGGCCAUCUACCUGGCUAUCCGGGUGGUCAAGAACACCAUCUCUGAUACCCGGUCCAAGGUGAGGAUGGCUAUUCUCCGCAUCAUUGGGCAGUUGGCUCUCUGUGGCUACCAGGAGAGAAUCAAAGGCUGGGGCCUGAAGUACGUGUCUGUGCAGCUGACCUUAUCCACCUACAAACUGACAAAUCGCCGGGAGAACUUUUAUCAGAGGGACUUGGAGGAGAGGAUGGUCCACAAAGUCACCAUGGACACUGUGAAGAUCAUUACCUCUUCUGUCAGUGGGAUGACCAACGAGUUUUGGGUGAGGCUCCUGUGCUACAUCAUGGAGACAGACUACAUGGAAGCUUUGACUCCUAUCUGUAUCAGCCUCACAAACCUGGCAGAACACCAGCUCCAUGGCCAGGAUGUGGAUGUCAGCGUGGCUGGCAAGAGCAGGCAAGUGGACCUGCCUGCACCUCAGAAGCUGCUGGCCCAUCUCCUGGUGCUGAUGUCAUCACCUUACAAGGGGGAGGGUCGUGGGAUAGCCAUGCUCAACCUCUUGAGGACCCUGAGCCAGAGCAUCGCACCCUCCAUGGCCGACAUGUGGGAGCUGGAGAUUCCGCUACUGGUCCGGUACCUGGAAGAACAUACUGAGUUCACUUGGGAUCAGAAAGCCUGGGAAGACAAGCUGAUUCAGUUUCUGCGAAACUCCCUCAAGAAGACCCGGGGGUCUAGCUGGAGCCUGCGCUUGAGCAAAGAGCUGAACAACCAGAUUGCGAGCUUUGACAGCCCCUCUCUGGAGAAGGGCUUUCUGUACCGGGCCUUGGGCUUCACCUUGGCCACAGGCCUGGAGGCCAGCAAGGUGGAGGUCCUGCUGUUGGAGCUGCUGUACAAGACGGACUACAGCAAUGACUUUGACAGCGAGGGUGUGAUUAUGUGCUUUGGCCUGUGUGCCCGGGGCCAGGUAAAAACGGUGCUGAAUGUGCUUCAUGACUUCGAGGAGAGGAUCCAGGAGUCAGAGCAGUCCUGGCAGAUCAGUGCUUGGCAGAAGGACCAUCCCUGGAGGCGGGAGACAGUGAAAAGUGCCCUCAUGGUGAUGUAUAGCUGCAUGGCCUCCUACUGCCACCCCCAGUUGCUCCUCAACCUCAUGGACAGCCCCAUCACCGCUAAGAUCAUUCACCAUUAUGUCAGCAGCUGCCAGGACAUCUGUCUCAAAAUGGCUUUCAUGAAGAGUGUUGUGCAGGUUACCAAGGCCAUCAACAACAUCAAGGACCUGGAGGACUUUCACUUUGCCCAGAAGACGACUCUUACCACCAUUAUAGUGGCGGUCAUCAAGGCAGAACCGACUGACAACCUGGUUUCUCCAGUGCGAGCCUUGGCGAUGGAGGCCCUCUCGCACCUGAGGAUGUGUUUCCGUGCCCAGAUUGGGCAGUGGGGCAGCAGAAGCUCAACUGAUGCAAAUUGGGCACUAGGAGGUAUUGUGGGACAUGUCCAUACAGUCAUCAAACAGGGGGCUGCCAAGGGUUUGAAAGGGAUUCUUACCUGCCAGGGCACAUGCCAGGAAACUCACAGUCCUUGUGCCCUGACUUUGGUUAGCCACCUGGCAGAGGUGUGGCUGGCAGUGUCGGAGAACGUGCCCUUCACCCGGACCAUGCUCCACAGCCUGAUGGGCCGGCUGCAGUCACGGCUCAGCCCCAGAAUCAGUGCCACCUCCAAGGCUGACAUCUGGCACCUGGCUGCGGUGGACCCCCUGAUGACCCUGGGCACCAUCCACCUUCUCGUUCAGAAGCUGGAUGAGAAUGACAAGCUCCCGGACUUCCUCCCUGACCUCAUCCACACCCUCCUGCUGCAGCUUGGCAGCAGCCACCGACCAGAGGCCGCCCCGCCGGUCUUGAAGAUGUGGAAGCUGGUCCACACCACUCCUCUGCCGGAGGAGAUGAACCUGCAAAGGGUCACUAUCAAGUCCAUGCAGCUCUUGUUCAAGAGAGUCAAGAGCCAGCACCUGGCACGUGCCCUGGACGAGCAGGCAGUGUGGGACCUCCUGCAGGAAUUCCUGGAGGGUGUGAGCCUGCUGACCAGGCUGUGCAUGCAGCAUGUGGAGGGCCACAGGCAGAGGCUGGCCGAGCUGGUGCUCAGGGGCAUGGACUCAGAAGUCCUGAGCUGCCGCAUCAGCAGCACAGCGGUCUGCGUGGAAGUGAGGCAGCGGGUGUGGGUGGGGUGCAAGCGGAGGGGAUGGGGUCCCUGGAUUCUUCUGGGGAUGGCUCGUCUCCAAGGCAUGGGAGUCGGGGGGACAGGCGAGCGCCCCUCCUCUGAGUGCUCAUUCUCUCAUCUGCUCCUUCAUUCAUUCAUCACAUGAGUAGUGCAGGGCAGGCCCUGCUGGAAAGACAGGCUGAGCCCUGCAGCAUUGCAGUUAGCUGAUGUGCGACCCAGGCAAGUACAGUGA